UCUGGAGCAGAGUCUGCGUGUCGCCUGACCGGAUGAUGACUGACUGAAGUUUUAUCACUAGUUUUCUAUUCCGUCUAUUCUAUUCAUUUAAAUAGCGCGUCACUGUAGCCCUGUUAUUUAGAAUCUAGUUACUGAGCCGAACCCAAAUCUGACAACAAUCACGUUUUAACAGUCGACUUGACUUUUACGCUUUUUCCGUGAAAGGAAACUCCAGUUCGCAAGUGAGAGAGCGCAAAGAUCCGACCCAUUUCUCUCUCGGAGUCUCUCUCUCCCUGUCUCUCUCCCUGUCUCUCUCUCCCUGUCUCUCUCUCCCUGUCUCUCCGAGAAUCCUGAGUUGUCCACCGGAGAGAAGAGCAGCAGCCAUGGGGAACCGGGGUAUGGAAGACCUUAUUCCCCUCAUCAACAAGCUCCAGGACGCCUUCAGCUGCAUCGGCCAGAGCUGCAACCUGGACCUGCCGCAAAUCGCCGUGGUCGGAGGGCAGAGCGCCGGGAAAAGCUCCGUUCUGGAGAAUUUCGUUGGAAGGGACUUUCUGCCCCGGGGCUCUGGUAUCGUGACCCGAAGACCUCUCGUGCUUCAACUGGUCAACAACCAAGCAGAGUAUGCUGAGUUCCUUCAUUGUAAAGGUCGUAAGUUUGUGGACUUUGAUGAGGUGCGUUUGGAGAUUGAGGCCGAGACUGAUCGCAUCACUGGGUCCAAUAAGGGAAUCUCUGCUGUUCCCAUCAACCUCCGAGUCUAUUCCCCUAAUGUGUUAAACCUGACUCUUAUAGAUCUACCAGGGAUGACUAAGGUAGCAGUGGGAGACCAGCCAGUCGACAUCGAGCACCAGAUCAGAGACAUGCUGAUGCAGUUCAUAACUAAAGAAUCCUGUCUGAUCCUGGCUGUGACUCCAGCUAACCAGGAUCUGGCCAACUCUGAUGCUCUCAAGAUUUCUAAGGAGGUCGACCCUCAAGGGUUACGCACCAUCGGAGUGAUCACCAAGCUGGACCUGAUGGACGAGGGGACGGACGCACGGGACAUUCUAGAGAAUAAACUACUGCCGCUACGAAGGGGUUACAUCGGGGUGGUGAAUCGUAGUCAGAAGGAUAUUGACGGCAGGAAGGAUAUUAAAGCAGCUCUGGGUGCAGAGAGGAAGUUCUUCCUGUCUCAUCCAGGAUACAGACACAUAGCUGACCGCAUGGGAACACCACAUCUACAGAAAACACUCAACCAGCAACUGACCAACCAUAUCCGGGACACGUUGCCAGGGUUACGUAGUAAGCUCCAGAGCCAGCUUCUCUCUCUGGAGAAAGAGGUGGAGGAAUACAAGAACUUCAAACCAGAUGACCCGACACGCAAGACCAAGGCCCUACUGCAGAUGGUUCAGCAGUUUGGUGUAGACUUUGAGAAGCGUAUUGAGGGAUCAGGUGAUCAGGUGGAUACUGCGGAGCUCUCUGGAGGAGCUAGAAUCAACAGGAUCUUCCACGAGAGAUUCCCCUUCGAACUGGUCAAGAUGGAGUUUGAUGAGAAGGAGUUGAGGAGAGAGAUCAGUUAUGCCAUCAAGAACAUCCAUGGAGUGAGAACAGGCCUGUUCACCCCUGAUCUAGCCUUUGAGGCCAUAGUGAAAAAGCAGAUCAUUAAGCUGAAAGAGCCCUGUCUGAAAUGUAUGGACCUGGUGAUCCAGGAGCUCAUCAACACCGUGCGCCAGUGCACCAAUAAGCUUGGCUCCUACCCCAGACUGAGAGAAGAGACGGAGAGAAUCGUCACAACCUACGUCAGAGAGAGAGACAUCAAAACCAAAGACCAGGUGCUGCUGUUGAUUGACAUUGAGCUGUCUUACAUCAACACAAACCAUGAGGACUUCAUUGGCUUCGCAAACGCGCAACAGAGGACCACUGUUACUGCUGCUAUUAACAACAAGAAGAGAGUGAUGCCAAACCAGGUGAUCCGGAGGGGCUGGCUCACUAUCAACAUAAGCAUUAUGAAGGGGGGGUCCAAAGACUACUGGUUCGUCCUGACUGCAGAGUCACUGUCCUGGUACAAGGAUGAGGAGGAGAAAGAGAAGAAGUACAUGCUGCCUCUAGAUAAUCUGAAGCUGAGAGACGUGGAGAAAGGUUUCAUGUCCACAAAACACACAUUCGCCAUCUUCAACACUGAGUCCAGGAACGUGUAUAAGGACCUACGUCAGAUAGAGCUGGCCUGUGACACACAGGAGGAUGUAGACAGCUGGAAGGCUUCGUUCCUCAGAGCUGGAGUUUACCCUGAGAAAGACCAGGUUGACAGUGAGGACACAGGACCAGCAGAAUCCUUCUCUAUGGAUCCCCAGCUGGAGAGGCAGGUUGAGACCAUAAGGAAUCUAGUGGAUUCCUACAUCGGCAUCGUCAACAAGUCCAUCAGGGAUCUAAUGCCCAAGACCAUCAUGCACCUCAUGAUCAACAGCGCUAAAGACUUCAUCCAUUCGGAGUUGUUGGCCUACCUGUAUUCCUGUGGGGACCAGGGCAGUCUGAUGGAGGAGUCAGCUGACCAGGCUCAGAGGAGAGAUGAAAUGUUGAGGAUGUACCAUGCUCUGAAAGAAGCCCUGCUGAUCAUAGGAGACAUCAGUACAACCACAGUGUCAGCUCCUGUACCUCCACCUGUAGAUGACACCUGGAGGACCAAGGAACCCAGUCCUCCAGCCCCCUCCUCAGGCCAGACCAGCCCCGGCCGCUGUCCCCCUCCUAGUCGCCCGCCGGCAGCAAGAGCCCCCACCGCCGCCCCUCCUCCCUCCAGUCCCCAAAACCCAGCUUUCGGGGCGCCCCUCAUCCCCUCUCGGCCCGGACCCCCACCAGUCAACACCUACAGUGCAGCGGACCCUGUCGUCAAUGUCCCCCUGAUCCCAUCUCGCCCAGCCAGGGUACCCCCAGCCCUGCCCCCCGGCAUACCCAGAAGACCCCCAGCGGCCCCAGGCCGGCCCACCAUCAUACGCCCUUCAGAGCCUUCACUGCUGGACUAGACAGACAGACAGACAGAAUGAACACUUACCACUCUUAAUGUCCUUUGACUACAAAGACACACUUUGCGUAACAUUAAUGUUUUAUUCCCUAACAUGAUUCAAGCCUGUCUUUCAUGUAUUCUCUCUUAAUAUUCAUAUUGUCAUGUUAUUGUUAUUUCAUGUAUUCUCUCUUAAUAUUCAUAUUGUCAUGUUAUUUUUUUCAUUUAAGCAACACUAUGUACUUUUGAUCACAUAGUUUUUUUUAUAGCUUUGUUACAAUGUUUAAUACCUUCAAUGUUUCAAAGGGAUUGAGAGAGAGAGAGAGAGAGAGACAAAUGAAACCUACAUUUUUUUGCUUAACUCUAACUUACUUUAAUGAACUUAGUUCAAACCGGUGGAUUAGACAGAAUUUCAAAUCAAACAGGUUUAAAAUACGGAACAGAUUUUUGUGAAUAAUACUUCUUCACAUGGAAGCACUUAUUCCAUUGUUUUAAAUAACAAAUACACUCCAUAAUUAAUAACAAAAUACUUAGUUCUUUAUACUGUUUGAAAUGUUUCUAACCUUCUUACUGGAUCAUAUGUACAUUUGUAUUUUUAGAUCUGAUCUUCAAUAUCUAUGCAGGAAUAUUACAGUAAGUCCUUUCUAGCUUGCAGCUUUUUGAAAUUCAUUUUGAUGAAAUGCUAAUUAUGCUAUAAAAUCUGAAUGGACAGGAAUUGACACCAACCCUGUAGUCAAUAGAGAUACCAGGUGUCUCGUCAGUUAUCAAUGUUAGUAGUAGAUAGUUGUUAGACAAGAGAUUCAAUCAAAGAUGCGUUGUCGAUAAGCUCACUGCUGUUAGGGAAGACACUGCACGUGACUUUUAAAAGGUCAUCAUCCGCUGCGUUUACCGCAAAUCUCUGCAAACAUCUUGGAAAUUCCCUUUAAAAGGAUCACUGUUGAGUGUUGUUUGCUUAUCGCUUCUUUAAUUCAAUCCCGGCUUUUAGCCCAGUCUAUUGUAAAUGGUAGUUUGCUGUCAAUCUGGCCUCUGCUUCCUGAAUAGACCAUUCAAAAUAGACCUGGUUCCUGAAUGGACCAAUCAAAAUGGACCUGCUUCCUGAAUGGACCAUUCAAAAUGGACCUGUUUCCUGAAUGGACCAAUCAAAAUGGACCUGCUUCCUGAAUGGGCCAAUCAGAGGGGGUAGUGCACCACAUAGUGAAUAGGAUGCCGUUUCAGACUCUUUGCAUUGUUUUUAAAAAAUGACUUUUUCUAUUUUUCUAAGUGCCUCUUACCUGUGGCUUUCCUAUUGGAUGAACAGAUGAAUGACAUGAUACGUUAACAAAGGAAUGAAUCACUGGGUGAACGAGGAAUGGUAGAAUGGAACAGUAGUGAAGAAGGUGGAUAAAGACGGUAGAAUGGAACAGUAGUGAAGAAGGUGGAUAAAGAUGGUAGAAUGGAACAGUAGUGAAGAAGGUGGAUAAAGAUGUGAUAUGGAAUAAUAAAGAGUUAAAGGGA